AUGGAUUUUCUCCUACUGGAAACGGGGAAUGUCCCCUCCCUCCAGGUUCUGCUUUUCUUCCUCUUGCUUACGAUCUACUUGAUGACUGUGGUUGGGAACAUCCUCAUCCUUGUGCUGGUGGAUGAGCAUCUGCACACUCCCGUGUACUUCUUCCUGGGCAAUCUGUCCUCCUUGGAGACCUGCUACAGGAGUACCAUCCUGCCCCGGCUGCUGGCCAGGUUCCUGAUGGACAGAACCAUCUCUGCUCAUGGCUGUAUUACACAACUAUAUUUCUUUGGCUUGUUUGCAAAGUGUUAUCUCCUGGCAGUCAUGUCCUAUGAUCAGUACUUGGCCAUAUGCCAACCGCUGCUCUAUGGAAGCCUCAUGACCUGGAAGGUCUCUCUGCAGCUGGCAGCAGCGUCUUGGCUGGUGGGAUUCAUUCUCUCUACAGCAGUCACUUCUUUUUUAUCCCAGCUGAAGUUCUGUGGCCCAAAGUCUAUUGACCACUUCUGUGAUUUUAUCCCAUUGCUGGAGCUUGCCUGCAGUGACACCAGUGUGGUUAAAAUAUUAAGUUUUAUCCUAUGCUUUCUUAAUCUAGUCUUCCCCUUCCUGUUCACCCUGGCCUCCUACGUGUGCAUCAUAGCUGCCAUCCUGAGGAUCUCAUCCAGCGUGGGCAGGCAGAAGGCCUUCUCCAUCUUCUCCCCUCGCCUCACCGUCGUCACUGUUUUCUAUGGCACCCUCAUUGUUGUCUACCUGAUGCCCAGAACAGCCCCUCUGAGGCAGCUCAACAAAAUGUUCUCCUUUUUCUAUACUGUCCUCACACCCCUGGUCAAUCCCCUCAUCUACAGCCUGCGGAACAGGGAGAUCAGGGAAGCCCUGAGGAAAGCUCUCAGGAAAGCUCUGGCUUGCACCCAGAGCUUAUAG